UACUUGUUUGGGGCUGCCUACGCCCCUGAUACAUACACUAGUCCCAUAUUCGUCCAUCGAGAUAUAGGAAACCUACAUGAUGAACUAUGUAUUUAUCCCAGGAUCGGAGAAUGAGUCAUCUUUAGACAAUUUCUUCACUUCAUCACGGUCAACCCAACAACAGCGGUUUGAGAGCCAGGCUGGAAGUGAUCCUGAAAGCGAGGUUAAUGUGCCGAAGAAAAACAAAACAUCAAGUGAUGCAGCGGUGGACGAGAAACCGAAAAAAUGUAUGUAGUAUACAAUCUUUAUCAUACGUAGUAGUCAAAAUAGUGACAUCUGAGUAUCUUGACUACAGGUGAGUAUAUCAUUUGCAUUGAAGUACCGUGUAAGGCAAAAAUCAAGGGUGGGUUGACUACAAACUUUUUGUAGUUCGCUAUAACUACAGCUACUUCAAAAAUAUGUAGUCAGCUACAACUACUGCUACUUUUGAACAACAGUAGUUCGCUACUGACUACAGCUACUGCUUAAAAAAUGUAGCGAAUUAUUUCGCUAUUUCGCUACGCAAUAUUUUUUAAUUUUACUGUAUUUGGAGCAUCUACUAGCUCAGGCUGUAAUGUAACCUAUAUAACAAAUCGACUUACGAGUAAAUAAGAUGGCAUGCACUCGCACGGCAUAUUUUAUUCAUGCAAAUUGAGUAUUGAUUUUCAGCAAACCGUGUCUCAAUAUCCUGCUAUUCUAUCCAGUUGCUAACAAUUUUAAAAAGUAGCGAAUAGCGAUUUUCUGUUUGAAAAGUAGUCAACUAUACAUGGCUACUUUUAGGCAAAAUGUAGUUCGCUAUAACUACAGCUACUGUUUUGAAAAAGUAGUCAAAAACUACUGGCUACUUGAAAAUUGUAGUUCGCUACAGUAGAACUAGCCACCCUUGGCAAAAAUAAAUAGUUGUUUUCUUUUUUUGUGUCUAGCUUUGUUUUCAUGGGGAAGUACCAAACGAAACAAAAACGUGAGUACACUUUUUCAUUUCUUAAAAUAAAAUAGGAAUAAAAUAUGGCCAAAAAAAAUAUGUGGGUUUCCAGUUUCCCAACCCUACCUAGCUUUUGGACGCCGAAAUCCCGACCCUAAACUUUUUAUCCGGAUCAUGCUUGUAAGUGUUUCCACUUACACGUUUGCGGAAAAUGGAAAUUCGAGGCAAUAUUAGAAAUUUAUCUUUGGAUGUGGAAGCACUGACUAAACAAAAUGGCGUCCGGUUGUUAGGAAAAUUUAAAAAGAAGUUAAAAAAACAACUUAAAACCGACUUACCCUACCCAAGUUUUUACAAGAAGAAAUAGGAAACCCACAUAUUUUUUUUUGGCCUAGGCCACAAAAGUGCCUGAGUUUCCUCUUUCGUGUUGCAAGUUGCAACAACUUCGGUAGCGUAGGUCGAUUUUUUCAUAUAUGGUGAUGCACGAGAAUGCAUAUUUUGCAUCAAUUACGCUAUUACAACAGUACACGCACAAACGUUAUAUACAGGCCUUAAAAUGUCUUUUACAGGGCCGUCUGACAAAAUUUCCGAUGACUUUGAGUUCGGGUCGGACAUUAUGUGUAAUGAUGUCUGAUAACCCUCAGCUCAGUUUGGCUCGGAAAUAAGUCUGAAUGACACAAAUUAAUAGUGACACAAUGUAUUAAUUCUGAACGGCAAAUGUUGUGAAGAUAUUAAAUAACUUGUGUCCUUCAUACUUAUUUCCAAGCCAAAAUUAACUUGCUUGCCAAGAACAGCAGUAAGACUUAAGACUACGACAAUUUAAGCCCGUUUUCCACUUCACCAUUUCGUUCGCCGCCCCGCCCUUGAUUACAUUAAAACAACAUUUCCAGUUCACGUUUUAUACACUACUCUGAUUGUCCAUAUAAGACACGAGCCUCCAGUCCUGGACUAGGGUACAUUUUGAUUUUACGUCGGACAAAGCUAGAGUUCGGUCGGACACCAAUACCCUCAGGUCGGACAAACAAUAAACCUCCGUUUCACUUAGGUCGGACAGAAUGUCCGGUGGUUUCCUCUUUACGUCGGACAAUUUCACGAAUGGGUUCGACAAUGUCCCUGACCGACCGAUAUUUUAAGACCUGUGAUAUAGCUAGUGCAAAACGUACGCCAUGAACUGGGUACGAAAAAUUUCUCGAAGCUCUUUGCAAACUUCAGAUGAGAGGUUGGUGAUUUCAGUAGCCAAAAUCUAGGCGGGGUUGGGAGAUGAACAGUCGCAAAUAAGCCAUUGUCUCUGUUCAUGUGAAACUUUGUAACAAACACUUGAAGGUUUCAAAUAGGUCAGACUGUCAGCCAGUCACUGUGGUCUAUGGAACUGCCUUGGUCGUUCUGUGGUUUUCCCUGCUUCAUAUAUGCUUUGGCGGGUUGUGUGCAAUUGGUAACGUUUCUUUCUAAUAGUGAAUUAGUGACCGCGCCUAAUGUCAAAAACAACUAUUGCUAUCAAUCUUUUUGCGUGAGGUGGUCGCGUAAUACGCGAAACUGCUGUAAAUCGUUGACAUGUUUUUGUCAGCGAUUGUUUAUCCUUAUACAUUGCAAAACACCGUAUAGAAAUCAUGCCAAAAUAUAUUAUACAAUCUAUGCCAGCAACUAUUGGAGAAAUCAUGAAACGUCGAAACAUCCCGAAUGUUCAGUUCCCCCAUGCCCCCCCUCCCCCUCUUCAAUGUCCCUGCCAUAAAAAAUAUAUCACUUCUGACAUCAACGCAACAUUGAAACGGUCGGGGGGAGGGAGGGGGUAUUUACGUGAAAAGAUUGCAUAAUAUGUAUAUCACGUAAUUAAAACUAAAUUGUCCCAUAGUAAACUUUCAAAAAUUGUCUUUUCCAAAAUCACCGACUCCCCUAAACUGACAAUGGGUAUACUCUGGAUACACGAUUUCACGAUGACUUAUGUUUUAAUCAAGGCCCCAGUUCCUGCUCCUCGUAAAAAGACCACACCCACCAACAAAGAAAGCUCAAAAUCCACGAACGUUUGGUCAUCGCGACCUUCGGAAACUUUCGGCGGCGACGAUGAUGACGAUGAUGACGUAGUCGUGACUCCGAAGAUCUCACGAAAGACUCCGACCAAGACUGCUUCCCUACUUGAUGAAUUAUUUUGAAUCAGUGCACAUCAGGUAUUUCUGAAGGUUGUACAUGUUCCACCCUAUACAGCGAGUAGCUUGCAGCGAUAGCACAUGUGCAAUGUCACACGUCGACGGGAAAUUUUUGCUGCAACUUACAACGUAAUUUCUGAUAUAGAGCCAUGUUUAAAACCUCCGAAUUUGAUAAAACGUAUCCUCCUUCGGUGCUAUAAGCAACAGAUUUAUACGAUUUGCCUUAGGACAUGCUUUCAGUUUCUACCUUAGCCUGAGCACAGAGCUUCGUUUUGCUGCCCUAUUUCUAUUUUCUAAAGUACAAAAGUUAAGAUUUUUAAGAACCAGUCUCACCAUGGUCCAUGUAUUUGUUAGACUGACGUGGUUCUUGUAUUUUGGUUAGUUGUCUAAAUUUCAGGCUGGCGAUACUUAAUUCAAUGUUUUUUUAAAUUAAGCGAGUUUUUACUGAAUAUAAAUAAGGGUCACAUUUCACUAAAGGGUCGUUAAGCGAUUUCAAAACAUCAUCCAUGUCAUUUGUUCUUGCGAUCAAAACAUUUAAGAGAGGAUGUCCACAAAAAUCAAACAUAAAGCGGCCACGACUGAAAAAUCGAUUUUGCUCAAAUUUUGCCCAGAUAUACCUUAUUAUAUCGGAAAAUGCACCAUAUAUUUUUUUAGGUCAAAUUCUUUUUUAACUUUGAGAAAAUGCCGUUUUAACACGACCACCCUAAAUCGCCAUUUUUUCUGUGAAAGUAUGCGCUGAUUUUACAGAUAAAUUUCACGACGACAACCGUUUCUAAUCGAUCUAAAACCCUAAAAAUCUUGUUUUCGGUUAUUCAAAGGACUGUGUACAUGACUUACAGGAAAUCUGAGUUACUUUUAGGAAUAGAAAUAAUCGUAGUUUUGGAGUACACUAUCUUACUUCAUUUACGAUACCCUUUUAACAAAAUCGAUUUUCACCAUGCGAUAAAGCUCCAAAUCGAUCAUGCUUCUACUAGUUGGCUCUUUAAUAAACAAGCUUUCAAUUGACGUAAAUACUUCUUUUGGCAAAUGAAUACGCGAUAAACGACAGCGCGUUGAAAUCUUCCGUUUUUGACGUCUUGCAAGUCAAACGCUGUUAAUUUAUACACCGUCGAAGUAAACAAUUUAAUCAAGUAUUCUAAGUAUUUUACCUUUUGAGAAAGAACAUAUUUUUGAAUGGGACUUUUCGCUUUGCUAAGUUUAAAAGUGGUCCAGAAAUCCCGGUAUAUUUGUAAAAAAAAUCAUCAAACAUCCAGUAUUUUGAGACAUUGUUGACGGUUGCAUGAUAACUUCAGAUCAUUAUUCAACGUGAUCUACGACCCGGCCGUUUGACUUUAGCGCUAACAUAUACAAAUCGAUGAGCUAUUUAAGGAAUAUAUUUGCUACUAAAUUCCCCAAAAGAAUUGGAACUACAACUGCUGUUUUCAGGGGUUUUGAUCCAUUUUGUCCAUAUUAAUGGGCAUGUAGUAAAACACUGACUACCGGAACACCGGAACACCACCGGAACACCACCGGAACACCACCUAACCCUAACCCCAACCCUACCCCCAACCCUAACCCCCAACCCUAACCCUAACCACAACCAUAACCCCCAACCCUAACCCUAACCCCAAACCCUAACCCCAAACAAAAUGGUGGUGUUCCGGUGUUCCGGUAGUCAGUGUUUUACUACAUGCCAUAUUAAUGUACCAUUUUAUUUAUCGACUGAUGUUUACAAAUACGUAAGUUAAUUAUUAAGCAGCUGUUAGCGUGCGUGUACAUGUGAAAUGAACGUUUAUAAUGUUUAUCCAUAUAAGGAGUUUUUAUUUUUAGUUUACCAGCCCUUUAUAUAUUUGAAUAGUCGUUUUCUUUCAAGUUGUUUUCUUUUUUAUACUCUGCAAAGUUGAUUCCGAAAUGUUAAGCUUUUCGAAAAAACUAUCGAACUUUUCCAUGAUAUUUACAGAGAAACGUCACAGCUGUAAACCCCCCUCCCCCACCCCCAAAACGAACAUAGACGUUUCUUGUGGAAAAAAUCGAUAUGUGAGGCUUCCCUAAAACUGCAAGGUUUACACUAUUGAAUUAAAAUCCCACAGACCACAACGAUUAUACGUAUUGAUUGUUUCUUAACGAUAGUAGACACGUACGUGCAUGUUGCGGAAGAGGUUAUUUCGCUGGCCUCAGAGUGACAACAGGUACCCUGGUUCUAGAAGUUUAAAAUAAUAAACCUCUGUACGUUUGAAAGCGGCAAUUAAUUCAUCGAGCCGCGCCAAUCAGCUUGAAUUAGGGUAGAUAGUUAUGAUAAGACAAGGGCGGCGCCAGGGCCGCCCAUGCAGGGAGGCGGCAAAGGGAGCAAUUUUCUCCGCGACUCCAGGUCAAGGAAGACAGGUAAAUACAAAUUUGCAAGGCGAUAAAAAGUUUGUCGACGGAGAGGUGUAAUUGUGGUUCACCGGGGCCCCAAGGGUAUAAUUGGCCCUGGAGCCCCAUAUUUCACUGAGCUGGUCUCUUUUGAUCUUUGUGAAUUGGCAUUAAAACCGCAAGAACUACCGACAAGUGACCAGGGCCGGAUUAACGUCGCGCGAGUCCCGUGGCACUUAAAAUUUUAGCGCGAGGCCCCCAAACCUCCCCCUUUCUUCUUUUUAUGAAAACCAUUGAAUUUAAAGACACACAAAAGUGUUAAAUAAUUUUUUUCAAUAUUUCAAUUUAUUUGCAUCAAUUAUAAACGAGAUAAUGGCCUGCCUGGCGCAGUUGGUGGGUAUAAACAGGAUCAUAAUAUAACAGCUCAACGUACGCAACUAGAGAUUAUAUGAACACGAGUAUUGCAUAUUUUCCUGGGGCCGUGCUAGGGCGAACUGGAAAGCCUAGGGGCCCUAAAUGCGCGAGGUCCCUAAAUUCGCGAGGCCCCUAAAAUGGGUGUGUCGCAAUAGAAAAUGGCCGUGUUCUCGUAAAAAUGGGCGUAGCACAGUAAAGCGCGAGGCCCGCGGCAUUUGCCGUAUUUGACACGUGGUUAAUCCGGCGUUAAACGAGCAACAAGCUUUCAUUUUCUGUAAACGCGACGUGUGGGGAGACAAUAAUAAUUUGUGGUGUCGCGCACUGGGCCAACAUAUCUCAAUGCUGUAUUUUUGGGUACUAGUACUUGUGAAAUAUAAUAAUAUCAAUAGACAUUAGUGUAUCAAAAUAAAGUAAUUUUACUGAUUAUUUUAACUGUGCAUCAAAGUAAACACACAUUAUUCUAAACUACAGUGUUUGCUAUAUGCCUAUAAUUUGAGUUUGAGGUGGUAGAAUAUAUAAUAAAAUAACAAAUCCUUGUAUGGAAAAAUGUUCAUUUCACACGCACGCUAUUAACAGCUGCUUAAUAAUUAACUUAUGUAUUCGUAAACAUUUAUACUCGAUAGUCGAUAUGUAAAUACUAAAUGGUACAUUAUAUGGAUCAAUGCAAACUGGAACAAAACAACAAUUGCCAAUUGAAGUUCUAGUUUUGGGAAAUUUAGUAACAAAUACAAAAUCCCUAAACAGCUCAUCGAUUUGUAUGUUUGCGCUAUUAAAAGUAGACAAUAUUGAACAAUGAUCUGAAGUUGUCAUGCAACUGAGUACUGACAACAAUAUUAUAUUUCAAAAUACCUGUAUAUGAUGAUAUUUUACAAAUAUCUCGGGAUUUUUGGACCAAUUUUAAACUAAGCAAGGCAAAAAGUCUCCAUUCAAGAAUAUAUCUUCUUCUCAAAGGGUAAAAUACUUAAAAUACUUGAUUAAAUUGUUUACUUCGACGGUAUGUAAAUUAACAGCGUUUGACUUGCAAGACGUCAAAAACGGACGAUUUCAACGCGCUGUCGUUUAUCGCGUAUUCAUUUGCCAAAAGAAGUAUUUACGUCAAUUGAAAGCUUGCUUAUUAAAGAGCCAACUAGUAGAAGCAUGAUCGAUUUGGAGCUUUAUCGCAUGGUGAAAAUCGGUUUUGUUAAGAGGGUAUCGUAAAUGAAGUAAGAUAGUGUGCUCCAAAACUACGAUUAUAUCUAUUCCUAAAAGUAACUCAGAUUUCCUGUAAGUCAUGUAUACCGUCCUUUGAAUAACCGAAAACAAGAUUUUUAGGGUUUUAGAUCGAUUAGAAACGGUUGUCGUCGUGAAAUUUAUCUGUAAAAUCAGCGCAUAUUUUCCCAGAAAAAAUGGCGAUUUAGGGUGGUCGUGUUAAAACGGCAUUUUCUCAAAGUUAAAAAAGCAUUUGACCUAAAAAAAUAUAUGGUGCAUUUUCUGAUAUAAUAAGGUAUAUCUGGGCAAAAUUUGAGCAAAAUCGAUAUUUCAGUCGUGGCCGCGCAAUGUCUCAUAUGUUCGAUUUUUACUGACAUUCACUCUUAAUUACCAAAUAACCAAAUUGAAUAGGAGAAAUGGGUGUCGAAAAAAACCCAGACCCUAAAAGUCAUUAGAAGUUGUGUGGGAGAGGUAAAUAAAGCUUAGUAAUGUGUGUUUUGGCUCGAAUAAAAAAAUGAAAGCAAUUUUCUUUUCUGCCCUUGUCGUUUUCGGUUCCCAAACUCACUAUUAAUGAGGAUGAUAAUAUAUAUAAAAAAUUUCUCAAUUCUGAUUGGCUACGAGCAGUGCGAUUUUUUCGAAAUACUGUUCCAAGAAAUGAAGUACAGUGCAAUUUUCUGAAUUAUUUAUUUUUCAAAAUUCUUAAUAAUUUUCUUAAUUUUUAAAUGUGACUUACGCACGUGACUGCAUAAUUCUUUCAUGUAUAUUAUUAAUAAGUACUUAUCGAGGAUAUUAGUAUAGGUAAAGCCUGGUUCACAUAUAUGCCUGCGACGUACCGGCGACGAUGCCGAUGGUAGCUCAAAACGUAAAUUAUGUGAAUAUUUGUUUACCGAUUGCCUCCAGUGCUACAGUUACAUCGGCGGUAGGCCGGGAAAGUUGACUUGAGUUCAACUUUGCCGGUAUUUCGGCGGCAAGUAGAGGCAUAAUGGUACAGUCGCAGGCAUACCGCAGGCAUAUGUGAACCAGGCUUAAUGGCCUCUUGUGCAAUUUGAAAAAACAUACACUCGUGAGUUUUCAAAGACUUCCGCCCAUAUUCUAAAAGCACACUCACACUCAAUGAGUGGAGGUUCGAUCUGAGCUUCUCUCGAGUGUCAAUGCUGUUUUCGAAUAGCUGGAGGGUGAGCAGUCACAUAGUAAGGUACCGACACUAGCCCUCCAGCUAUUCAAAAACAGCAAUGACACUCGAGAGAAGCUCAGAUAAGUCAGAUUGAGCCUCUACUCAUUGAGUGUGAGUGAGCUUUUAGAAUACGGGCGUUCAAUUUUGAUCGUCUUUGAAAAACUCACUCGGCAUGUUUUUUCCAAAUUGCACUCGAAACCUAUACUGAUAUCCUUGAUAAGUACUUCGUUUAAGUACUUUCGGAUGGCGUGCUGUGCAAGUAUCAAAUAUACACUGUACAAACAUUCCUUUGACAGCUGUGGAUUUAGAGAUAUAACUACCUGAAGCACAUUCCUUUGCAGAUACGGAGAUACGUGUUCAAACUGAACUUGAAUGCUUAUUUGAAGAACUAUUUAAAUGUAUAUACAUAUUUAUAACUGCAUGUAAUAUAUAGAAAAUAUAAAACUUAAUAUAUAACCAAAGUCGAUUGAUAUAGUUUUUCGUGCAGCUGAUAUUGGCCGGUGC